AUUUUACUCAACUAGGAAAAGUUCCUUCACAUUCUUCUACUAUUUUUUACCUUACUUUAUCUUUUAAAUAUUUUUAAGCAAAGAAUGGUAUUUUGAAUUAAGAUGUAGCAGUCAAGAGACUCUCUAGUAGCUCAGGGCAAGGCAUAGAAGAGUUCAAGAAUGAAGUCAGGUUGAUUUCCAAACUACAACACAGAAAUCUUGUCAGGCUAAUUGGUUGCUGUGUUGAAAGAGAAGAAAGAGUACUAAUUUAUGAAUUUCUGGUCAACAAAAGCUUGGACAAUUUUUUGUUUGAUCCAAGUCCAACAAAAAGAGCAGAACUAUCUUGGGCAGAACGUUUCAACAUCGUCCAUGGGAUUGCUCGUGGGCUUCUUUAUCUCCAUCGUGAUUCUUCUUUAAGGGUUAUACACCGUGAUUUGAAGGUCAGCAACAUUCUCUUAGAUGAAAAAAUGAACCCAAAAAUUUCAGAUUUUGGAUUGGCAAGGAUCUUUGAAGGGACACAAUAUUUGGCAAAGACUCACAAGGUGGUUGGAACACUUGGCUAUAUGUCUCCUGAGUAUGGAUUGGCUGGAAUAUUUUCUGAGAAAUCAGAUGUCUUCAGCUUUGGAGUUCUGCUAUUAGAGAUUGUUAGUGGCAAGAAGGUUACCAGGUUCCUCUAUAACGAUGAAUAUCUAAGCCUUCUUGCCCAUGCAUGGCAACUAUGGAAUAAAGACAAGGAGCUAGACUUAAUUGAUGAAGCACUGGCUGAUUCAUUUUCCUCGACUGAAGUAAAGAGGUGCAUACAGGUUGCUCUUCUUUGUGUUCAGGACAAUGCGGAAAAUAGGCCAACCAUGGCAGCAGUGAUUUCCAUGCUGAGCAGUGAAACAGAGCUUUUGCAACCAAAGGAACCUACUUUUACAUUCCAUAGUCCAUCAAGAUUUGAUCAACCUAAUGACAACACUCCAAGCUCCGUCUGUGAGAUUACUAUGUCACUUGCUGGAGGCCGAUAAUUUCUGAUUAGUGAAACCCUACUUUUUUACUACUACCAUUAUUAUUGUCAUUGAGAUUCAUUUGUUAGAUUGAAAUUAAAAAAAAAAAAGGAAGAAAAGAAGAAAGUGAUUCUACAAAAAUAUAUAAAUUUGAAAAUGUUGAAACAGCCUGUUGUUGGCAUCAAUUAUCAUCAUUUAUUUGAUUGUUACUGGAUUCUCUGGUCGUUUAACCUGUAUAAAUUAAUUGUUAAAUU